GCUGCCGGGCCGCAGCGGGCACCGCACGGCGACGCUGGCACAGCCACGCAGACCCCAGCCCUCCCCUGCCCACCACGCUGCCAGAUCCCGGGCCAGCGGGGACGCCGGGAGAGAGGAGAGGGGACAGGCUUUUCCAUGGUGUCUGCUCACUACCCACCGCUGCCACCCUCGCCAGCCUGGGCACAUGUGGAUGAAGAGCGGGACCGGUGCUGGGUGCUGCUCUCUCAGCCUCCUCCACGGCUGCCCCCUUCCCUCCCCGAGCAAGGGAACCCAAGCAUCUGGGCUCCUGUCCCCUUGCAGCCACUGUCACUGGUGGGCAGAAGCCCAGUGUCCCGCUCUGGAGCCUUUCUCUGCCUGGGGGCUCGCAGCUCCCGCUUGCCCAUGCCGCCGCCUAUAAAGCGGAGCCGGAGCCGGCGGCCGGGCAGAGGCGGCGGCAGCGACAGGCAGCAGCGCCCGGCCCCCCCCCCCCCCCCCCGGCCGCCUGCCUGCCCCGGCCGGCCGGCACCAUGCGCGCCGCCCUGCUGCUGGCGCUGCCGCUGCUGCUGCUGCUCGCCCCGCUCCUGCCCGGCCGCGCCGCCCGCCCCAAGCUCGCCCUGCCCAUCCGGCCCGACACGGACCCGCUGCCCCCCGGGGGGGGCGGCAGGCUGCGCCUUCGGGGGGCAAUUCUAUGCCCUGGAGGAGACGUGGCACCCGGACCUGGGGGAGCCCUUCGGGGUCAUGCGCUGCGUUAUCUGCCACUGCGAGCCGCAGAGGAACCGCCGGGGGAAGCCAGCGGGGAAAGUGAACUGCAAGAACAUGAAGCAGGACUGCCCCGUGCCCGCCUGCCCCCGGGCCACGCUGCUGCCCGGGCACUGCUGCCACACCUGCCCCAAAGCCUCGCCAGGCCCCCCAGAGAAGAGCCCCGCACCCCCCUUCGACACCUUCGAGUACUUCCAGGACAAGGAGGACGACCUGGACAAGCCCUACAACGACCGCUCCUACCUCAGCUCCGAGGGGCUGGCCCGUGACGAUGCCCGCACAGAGUUUGUGGCCUUGCUGACGAGCGGCCCGGAGCCAUGGCACCCCACGUCCAGUGCGGUGGCCAAGGCUCGCUUCACCCUGCUGCGCUCCUACCUGCUCUUCUCCAUCAGCUACGAGCGGCUGGGGCGGCCGAGCCGGGUGCGUUUCAGUGACCCUGAGGGCAACGUGCUGUUCGAACACCCCGUGCAGAAGAGCGCUGCCCCCGAGGAUGGCAUGCUCUGCGGGAUGUGGAGGACGGUGUCCAAGGCCAACAUCCAGCUGCUGCGGGGGGAGCAGCUCCGCGUGUCCCUCGUCACCCGGGCGCAGCCCUCCGGAGAGGUCCACGGGCACAUCCUCAAGCACCGGGCGCUCUUCGCAGAGACGUUCGGUGCCAUCCUGACCUCGUCGGACCCCACGCACCUGGGCGCUGGGGGCAUGGCCAUGCUGACGCUGAGCGACACCGAGAACAACCUGCACUUCAUCCUCAUGGCCCGAGGGCUGCUGGAGCCUGGUGCCAGGGAAUCCCCCUGGGUCCCGCUGCGGGUCCGCAUCCUGCACCAGGGCCAGACGCUACGGGAGGUCCGCGCCAACAUCACCGUGGAGGACCCCGAAUUCGCAGAGGUGCUGAGCGAGCUGUCUGCCCACGAGCUGCAGUGGCUGGUGCAGGGGCAGCUCCGCAUCGUGGCCGAGACGGAGGGCCGGCACGCGUGCCAGCUGGCGGGCACCAUCACCACCCGCCGCAGCUGUGACACCAUCCAAAGCGUGCUGUGUGGAGCGGAUGCCUUGCUGCCGACCAAGACGGGGGCCGUGGGCUCGGCCAAGCUGGCGCUUCACGAGAAUGGCACCCUGGAGUACCAGGUGCAGGUGGUGGGCACCGCCAGUGAGGUAGUGGGCAUCACGCUGGAGACCAAACCCCGGCGGAAGAGCAAGAGGAACGUCCUGUUCGACAUGACGCCCAGCUACAAGGACGGGCUGGCCCGGGGUGCCUGGCAGAGCCCCAGCGCCCGUGAUGCCCACAUGCUGCUGCAGAAUGAGCUCUUCCUCAAUGUGGCCACCAAGGACUGGGUGGAGGGCGAGCUGCGGGGCCAGGUCAUCUCCCUGCCCUACAGCGGGCUGCUCGCCCGCUACACAGAGAUGCCCGUGGUGCUGGCAGGGCAGCUGGUGUCCCCCCCGGUGGGCAGUGGGGCCGGGGGGCAUGCCUGGCUCUCGCUGGAUGAGCACUGCCACCUGCACUACGAGAUCUCGGUGGCGGGGCUGGGACGCCCGGCCGACGGCACCGUCAGCGCCCACCUCCACGGAGUAGCUGAGCUGGGCGAGAUGGGCGCCCGUCCCCACCAGCAUAAGCGCCUGCUCAAGGGUUUCUACAGCACCGAGGCUCAGGGGGUGGUGAAAGACCUGGAUGCCGACCUGCUGCAGCACCUGGCCCAGGGCACUGCUUUUCUGCAAGUCAGCACCAAAGCCCACCCACACGGGGAGAUGCGGGGACGGGUGCACAUCCCCAACCGGUGCCAUGCAGGAGGGACCCGCCUGGCCCCGGGGGAGGCCGAGCUCUCUGAGGGUGCCAAGACCAGGGACAUGGAGCAGCUGAAGAAGGACCCCAACUCCUGCUUCUUUGAGGGGCAGCACCGGGCACACGGCACCCGCUGGGCACCCGACUAUGACAAGAAGUGCUCCAUCUGCAGCUGCCAGAAGCGCACGGUGAUCUGUGACCCCAUCCUGUGCCAGCCCCUCAACUGUACCCACCAGGUGCACCCCGAGGAGCUGUGCUGCCCCAUCUGCGAAGAGAAGAAGAUGGGGCAGGAGGAGCUGAAGCUGGAGCGGGCACGGGACAGUAGCGAGGGCUGCUACUUCGAUGGGGACAAGACGUGGCGAGGCUCUGGCACCCGCUGGCACCCCGUUGUGCCCCCCUUUGGCCUCAUCAAAUGUGCCAUUUGCACCUGCAAGGGCACCACGGGCGAAGUGCACUGUGAGAAGGUGCAGUGCCCGCGGCUCACCUGUGCCAACCCCGUGCGCGCCAGCCCCUCCGACUGCUGCAAGCAGUGCCCAGCCCCGGAGAAGAGCGUCCCCGAGCUGGCCGACACCAUGCAGGCGGAUGGGCCGCGGGCGUGCCGCUUCGGGCGCCGCUGGUACCUCAACAAUGAGAGCUGGCACCCCUCCGUGCCCCCCUUCGGAGAAAUGAAGUGUAUCCUGUGCUGGUGUGUGUCGGGGGAGACACACUGCCAGCGCCAGGAGUGCCCGCCGGCCGCCUGCGCCAGCCCCGCCAGGAGGGACAACCCCUGCUGCGCCAAGUGCCGCGCCCCCGAUGCCCCCCCGGAUGCACGGGAGAAGGUCCAUGAUGCCAGAGCGGAGGCGUGGAGCCGCUGACCAGUGACCGCUGCCCGGAGCGGGGCGAGCGCACAGCGAGGCCAGGCGGCCGUGGGGGGGGUCCCCGCCACCCAUUGCCCCCGCGCAGGGCGGGGGGCACAGAGGAGCAUGGCAGGGUGGAUGCGGCCAGGCGCCCAGCCUGGGCACCCCGUCUCGGCACGGCCGCGAUGCCGGGGCUGCCCUGCCCACUUGUGCCAGCGGGCAGCGGCUGGGCUGGCGGAGGCUGGGGCACCCGCUGCUCUCCCCCUCCGAGCCCCCCUGGCCAGCAGGCGCAGCGGGCAUCGUGCCCACCUUGUACAUAGUGUAAAAUCCCUCCGGCCCCUGUCUUGCUGCGCCCGCGCUGGCUCGGCCGGGCUCGUCACAUAAUUUAUGGUGCCCGUGGAUGGGGGUCCCGAUGUAUUUAUUAAAACCAGAGCUAUUGCCCA